AUGCGACGUAACAGCUAUCUCCGCGACGACUUUUACGGGAAACCAGGUUACCGGAUACGAGAGUCAAGAGAGCUUAUCCAGUGCCCGGUGGAGAGGUGCGACGGAUCGGGUCAUGUGUCUGGGAACUUCGCAACGCACCGCAGUUUGUCCGGAUGUCCGCGCGCCGACCGCUCACAACUACAGCCGCACUCGCAAGAACUCAAGUGUCCCACACCGGGGUGCGACGGCUCUGGUCAUGUCACGGGCAAUUAUUCCUCUCAUCGAUCACUAUCCGGAUGCCCUAGAGCCAACAAGCCUAAGAGCAAGCCUAGAGAUGGACAAGACUCUGAACCUCUCAGAUGCCCUAUACCGGGCUGUGACGGAUCUGGACACGCUACAGGGAAAUUCUUAUCGCAUCGAAGCGCCUCCGGCUGUCCUAUUGCGAAUAGAAAUAAAAUGCGGGUGCUAGAAAGCGGUGGAACCGUGGAACAGCAUAAAGCGGCUGUUGCAGCAGCGGCGUCGGCGAUCAAAUUCGACGGUGUCAACUGUCCGACACCCGGCUGCGAUGGUUCAGGACACAUCAACGGCUCGUUUCUAACACAUCGCUCCCUUUCCGGUUGUCCUGUGGCGGGUUCCGCUACGCCCACACCUCAGCCGAAAAAACCCAAAUACCCAGACGAUAUCACGCCAUUAUAUCCGAAACCGUAUUCAGGCAUGGAAAUGAACAUGCAGACUGGCAACGGGGAAGACCUUAUGACCCUUGAGCAAGAAAUAACGGAACUGCAACGAGAGAAUGCUCGCGUCGAAUCACAGAUGAUUCGCCUCAAAUCAGACAUCAACGCCAUGGAAACGCACCUCAGUCAUGGGGAAAGAGAGAACCAGCUCAUAUCUCAGCGCAAUAACAACCUGAACGAAUAUUACGAAAGCUUGCGUAACAACGUUAUAACCUUACUGGAGCAUGUCCGAAUUCCUGGAGGGGGGACCGUUCCUGUAACGAACGCUGGAGGAACACCCGGGGCCCCACCUCCUGUAGGUCCAGGAGAGAAGCCUGCCCAUGAUAAUUUCGACUCCUAUCUCACAAAACUGCAAACCCUUUGCUCGCCCGAUGGUUAUUGCCCCGACGAAAAUCGACCCAUAUAUGAAACGGUGAAAAAUGCGCUCCAGGACUUCACAGUACUACCGACACCCAUUUAA